UGCAGGAGGGAGCAAGGCAGGCCAGGACAAAGAGGUGUGGAACAGGUAGUUCUACCUGUUCAGCAUGCUGGGAAAUGCACCCUCUGAUUCUUUUUAGUCUUGUGACAUUUCUUAAGGGUCUCCUGUCAACUUUUAUCUACUCUUCUCUGUAGAAACAAAAGCAAGGACUCUUUUAGAUGGAAAGAGACUUUAUUUCUAAACAGUGGGAGGCUGCUGAGAGAUUUUAUUUGUAUGUAAGGAGCCUGAAAAUACCUGUGUCUUCAUCUAAACUCCUGAUCCUUCUGCAAUUCAAAAUAGAAAGGCACAGGGAUAUUGGGAUUUUUAAAAUGAUAAGCAAUUUUGUGGCGAAAUCCUGAAGAUUUUGUCACUGCAAGCUGAAAAUACCACGUGCAUCCACGUAUACAGUAGAUGCUACAUAUAAUAAAAGAAAAAUUCAACCCUGACUAUGGGCACUCAUGUGCUAAUACGUCAGAAUCUUGUGAUCUGGUUACUAUUGAUAUUGACUCUGAAGUGUCCCUUUGCUGCUCCAUUUUUGGAUUUAGCCAAAAUGAGCAGUGUCUCAACUCCACACUACGAACCCGAAGAGGCCGAGGACUCUUUGAGGGAUGAGCGACUGCAUGUUUUUAAAAUGAAUUAUUACUACGUGCAGAUUCCCUGUGAAGUGACUCUUUGGAUACUCCUUGCCUCCCUUGCAAAAAUAGGUUUCCAUCUCUACCACCGACUACCCAGGCUCAUGCCAGAAAGCUGCCUCCAGAUUGCUGUUGGGGUAUUGGUUGGAGCAAUCAUUUUUGGCACUGAUCACAAAUCCCCACCAGUUAUGAAUACAAACAUUUACUUCCUAUAUCUCCUCCCACCAAUUGUCCUGAAGGAAGGCUAUUUUAUGCCAACUCGCCCUUUUUUUGAAAAUAUUGGGUCCAUUCUGUGGUGGUCUGUGCUGGGCGCCCUCCUGAAUGCAUUUGGGAUUGGUCUCUCUCUCUAUGCGAUCUGUCAGAUCGAAGCUUUUGGUCUUACUGAUGUUGACCUGCUGCAGAAUUUGCUCUUUGGUAGCAUGAUUUCAGCUGUGGAUCCCGUGGCUGCACUGGCUGUUUUUGAAGAGGCAUCGGUUAAUGAGCAGCUUUACAUGAUGAUCUUUGGAGAGUCACUGCUCAAUGAUGGAAUAACUGUGGUGUUAUAUAAUAUAUUCAUCGCCUUCUCCCAGAUGCAUAGAUAUGAAGAGAUUGAACCAGUUGAUGUUCUUGCUGGGUUUGCUCGCUUCUUUGUGGUUGGGCUAGGUGGAGUACUAUUUGGCAUCGUGUUUGGAUUUGUUUCAGCAUUCAUGACUCGAUUUACACAGAACAUAUCUUCAAUAGAGCCUUUGCUGGUCUUCAUGUUCAGCUAUUUAUCCUACUUGUCUGCUGAAACUCUUUACAUCUCAGGAAUUUUGGCGAUGACGGCAUGUGCAGUGACUAUGAAAAAGUAUGUGGAAGAAAAUGUUUCCCAGAAUUCCUACACAACCAUCAAGUAUUUCAUGAAGAUGUUGAGCAGUGUCAGCGAGACCCUGAUUUUUGUGUUUAUGGGAGUUUCUACAGUUGGAAAGAACCACGAGUGGAACUGGGCCUUUGUGUCCUUCACUCUGCUCUUCUGUCUGGUCUGGCGGGCUAUAAGUGUGUUUGCUCUCUUCUACAUCAGUAACAAGUUCCGGACUUACCCCUUCACUGUUAAAGACCAGCUCAUUAUUUCCUACAGUGGUCUUCGUGGAGCCAGUAGUUUCUCGCUUGCAUUUUUGCUUCAUGCAUCUCUCUUCCCUAGGAAAAAAAUGUUCAUUACUGCUACCCUCGUAGUUAUCUAUUUUACUGUGUUCAUCCAGGGAAUAACAAUUGGCCCAUUAGUCAAGUAUCUAGAUGUUAAGAAGACCAAUAAAAAGGAGUCUAUCAAUGAAGAGGUGCAUAUGCGAUUGAUGGACCAUUUGAAGGUUGGUAUUGAAGAUAUAUGUGGCCACUGGGGUCAUUAUCAAUUGAGAGAUAAAUUUAAAAAGUUUGACAAUAAGUAUCUAAAGAAAAUCUUAAUCCGGAAGAACCAGCCCAAAUCCAGCAUUGUGUCUCUGUACAAGAAACUGGAAAUAAGACAGGCCAUUGAAAUGGCAGAGAGUGGAAUGAUAAGUUCAGCUGGAUCCACAGCUUCUUUUCAGAGCAACAGAAAUCGGAGAGUGCAUAGGCCUUCCCCUGAAGAGGUGGAGUCCAUGCGGGAUAUGCUUGCACAUAAUCUGUACCAAGUGAGACAAAGGGCACCAUCCUAUAACAGAUACACUCUGGCAACUGAAACAAGUGAGAAACAGGCCAAAGAAAUCCUCAUCCAUCGCCAGAACAGCCUACGGCAGAGCUUAAGGAAAGGACACAGCCUACCUUGGGGGAGACCAGUACCUGCUAGCACCAAACAUUUGCAUUACUUUUCUUUACCACAUGGCUCCAGUCAUCCAGUUAGACGAAAAACAAGAAGUGAUGUCUUUACAGGUGAUUAUGGCAGUGACUCUGAUCAUGUGGUCUCUGCCAUGUUCAGUUCCCAGCGCCGAUUGAGGUCACUUGAGUCAAAGCAACAGCAUAAGGAAAUAAUUCCCAUGGCACAGUUAAACAGAAGAGCUGAACCAUCAGACUUUACGGCUCAAACAGGAAGUUCAAGCAAGUUGGAUCAAUCAGCCACAAUAAGAAGACCAGCUUUAAUGCCAAAACCCCAGUUUGGUACAGCAGUAAUGCGGCGAUAUGAGUCAGAUGAGGAGGAGGAAGCAGCAGCAGCAGCAUCAAGACAAUCAGUCAAAAGGGCAACAGAGAAGAGAGAUAUACAUUUCCACAAAGCCCAACGGCGAAAGUAAAGAAGUUCUCAUCAGAACUGUAAUUGCAGUUUUCAUCUUGGGACUUUUGAACUAGAUCUGAUACAAGCACUGAAGGAAGAUACUAAGAAGUUCUAAGCAGGUUGAAGUGCUUGAGUACUCUGAUCAAAACUGUUUUCCUGAAACACUGAAAUAGUAGAAUGGUAGCUCUUAACUUAAUUUACAAUAAAUAUAUAGAUGCAUGUAA